ACUAACUACUGCUAACUUACUACUUCCACUUACUCCGAGACGAUAAUGAUUCCCCCAAAGCCCCCAUAAGCAACGUCCCGAUUGGGUAUAAACCGUCAAUCCAAUGGUCUGCAGCCGGAGCAAUAUCGUCCGCUACAGUAUACCCUUGUCUAUACGAUAAGAUUAGCAUGCGAUGAUCUGCAUCUACAUAAAUUCUCAGCAUGAACCAAUUUGCCGUUAGCACUCUGUCGAGUGUCUCCCACAGCGACAAUGCUCAACCCUCCACAAACAAAAGAUCUAGAAGAACCGGUGCAAAAUGGACUCGCUCGGGUUGUUUGACUUGCAAGAGGCGCCGAAAACGAUGUGACGAAGCAAAGCCCAGGUAAAUAUAGACCACAAUCCCACAUUGAUCACCAAUCAGCUCGUUUAACUUGGAUUGGUAGCUGCCGCAACUGCGUGCGAUUGGGAUUCACCUGCGAAGGCUACGGCUCAAUGUGGGCGCAACCCUUAGACCCGUCGGCUCAGGUCUUUCAGUCGGUUAUGCCACCAAAGCGACGAAGACUCAGUGCGUCGCCUGUGUCCGUCUGCUCCCCGGCAUCCAUGGAAUCUGGGGAUCUUACCAGAUCUUCCUUGUCAGUCUGUCAUGCAUCAUCUAGCGCCUCUUCUCCGUUGAACUCCGGCUACACCGAGACUCAUUCGCCAAGUACUGGGAUCAGUGACCUUAAUGAGAAUGAUGACAUUGCAUCCAAUGCUGCAAAUAUAAAGGACCUUUCAGUCGUCUCUCCAAAACUCCGCGGACAUAUCAGUCACAUUUCAACUCUUGAAGCCCACUAUCUUCAAUAUCAUAUGGAACAAGGUUCCAGACUGCUGGCAAAUUUAGAAAGCGAUGAAAAUCCGCUGCGAUCACUGCUUAUCCCCCGGGCUUUCUCAUCUCCCAUAUUGAUGAAGGCGCUGUGUGCUGUUUCCGCAGUUCACCUUGCAAACCGCUCUCAAAACAGCCUGGAUGCUCAAACGGCCGCAGCCAAUUACUACAUCCGUACAAUGAGCGGACUGCGUUCCGCGCUAACCGAAUUCCCUCACAAACAAUUUUCUGACGAGUCGAUAUUAGCUGUGGCUUUACUCUGCAAGUAUGAAAUAGUGCGGGGGAGUGUCAAGCAGUGGUCGGUGCAUCUGGAUGCCCUGGAAAAGCUAGUCAUCUCCCGCGGCGGAUUGACCUCUUUUGACAAGGAUACGGCAGAUUUUCUCUGGGGACUUUUCCUGUACACGCACAAUGUGGCCAAAAUGACCAAUCGCCGGCCAAUUGCCCCUAUUCCCGGAGCAGAAAAUUUCAGUUUCACCAAGCUAGAUAUUUACAUCGGCUAUACCGAAGAGAUCAUCAAGAUAUGUGCGCGAAUUGCAGAUCUGCCUCUUCUUAGCCAUGAUCCAGUCGCUUUGGGGUUGGAGAUACACACGAUAGACACGUCUCUCCGUGAUUGGACACAUACCGCAACGCACUACACAGUUCCCCGAGGAACAACAGAGGCUACUCUGCGUCGCCUUCGCAUGGUAGCCGAGUGUUUUCGUGACGCGGCAUACAUCUAUCUCCACUCCACUCUGAAUCGAAUGAGUAAUCAAAAUCACACCACUCAUUGCCUACCCUCGUCAUGGCCGGAUCUGAUUACCUUGUCAAAGGAUGAAGCUCUCGAGCGUUGUCUAGAGCGGGUCAGGUCAAAUCCACUCGAUCAACAUUGCGAAUAUUCCGCUCUCACUUUCCCUCUCUUUAUCACUGGCUGCGAGAGCCAGGACCCUGAGGCCAGAGAACUUGUCAUCGAGUCACUUACAAAAUUAGAGGCUAACUUCGGGAUUGGGAAUGUCAAGCGAGCGAAAGAGUUGUUGAGAAUCUUGUGGCAGGGGGCGCAGAUGCACUGGUUAGAUGUUUUGGAGCAAUUGAAAUGGGGUUUGAUACUUGCUUAGGGCCGUAUUGUCGACGGAGUAUUACAGGAACACGUGCCCGGCAAUCAGAUUACUAUCAUUUUUGAUGUAUAUAUUCUUUUCUUUGUAUCUAUUACGUGGGAUGG